UUACAAUUACACAUUCACAUCCAACCCAGACUUCAGAGACAGACAGACACAGGGAGGGAGAGGGAGAGGGAGAGGGAGAGAGAGGGAGGCCAGAGCGACUAGUGAAGAGAACUCUUUCGACUGCAAAUCCAUCUGGUACUCGAAGAUCAAACCAAAAUCGCGACAAUUUUCUCUCUUACCAAACAGUUUUUCUUGUGCUUCUUAGGUUGUCCAGUUCAUUUGUACCUAUUUGACUUCCAUGCACGGUAGCAAUACAAUCAACUUGUUCAACAUCGUCGAAACUUAAGACGGUGAACAGCGUUGUUUCAGAUUGAUGAUUUGAUUGCUUUGAGCUUUUACUCGUGGCUUCAAGAAAGAUAAAGAUUGGACAAUUCCUGGAAAACCACCAUGGUCAAGCAAUCUCCUAGUAGAAACCACAGGUCCAAAGGUGUCAAGGCUAAGCAGGUUCUGCAAAUUUGUGUGCUGCUUGCUGUUUGCUUUUGGUUGGUGUACCAAGUUAAGCGUUCCCAUGAUAAGAAGAAAGCAUUUGAUGAAAGUGAUGCAAAGAUCUCAGUUAAAACGCAUGUUGAUGAUGAAAUUUUGAAAUUCGGACGAAAAGGUCUCCUUCCUCGAUUGGAUGAAACUACCAUGAAAAAUGAGAAGCAUGAUGAAGUAGAAGCAGAAGAGGAAGAAACUGGAGGAGGAGAAGAAGAAGAAGAAGAAGACAAGCAGCAUGAAGAGGAAGAGGUAGAAGAAGACAAGCAUGAAGAGGAAGAGGUAGUUGAAGACGACAAGCAUGAAGAGGAAGAACCAGAAGACAACACCACCGAAGAGAAAGAAGAUGAAGGGAGAGGAGGUGGGGAUGAUGAGAUAGACGAGCAUGAUCAAGAGAAAUCUGAGGUGGAGGUUGAGCGUGAGGAGGAUCUCAUCGAUGAAGAGAAGGACAGAGAAGAAGGUGAUGAAAAAGAAGCUGAAGAAAAAGAAGGUCAAAGUGAGAAUGAGAGUUCUUUGGAGGACCAUGAUCAUGAUGGAGGUAGUCGGAAUGCUCAUGAGGCACGAGAGGAAAAUUAUAGGGCCGAUGAUGCUUCCAGUGCAGUAACUCAUGAGACUGAAGCUAUUGGCACUGAAAAUGAAGAGGUAAAUGAAGUGAAUCACACUGAGGAAAUCACUGUCGAUCAGAACACUACAGGUUUAGAAACUGGGAAAGAAGAAAAGGGUUAUGAUAUUGUUACAUCCAAAUCAGAGGACAACUCUGUUUUGAAUUCUACAAUGACAACAGAGUCCAACAAUCAACCUGAACUAGGCAAUGUCUCGACAAAAGGGAAUUCAGAAACUAAUAAUUUAUCCAUGCAGGGUGGAAUAGAAACCAAACCGGAUUCAAUUGAAGCUCAAAAUGCUACAGUAGGAGAUGCUUCUCUGGGAAAAGAAAGUAAUUCUGACGCAGCUUCCAAUAACAAUCAAUCUGACUCUAAUUCAAUGACUUUCAGUAAUACUGAAAACACAGAGGAAAAUACCGAUGCUACACUGAAUGAGAAGUCAGACACCGAUAAUGGAACAGAUGAAAGCUCAGACGAAUCAGCCAAAACUGAGAAUGCAGAUGAAGAUCAGCAAGAUCCUAUUGAUUCUUCUGAUUCUUCCAUCUCCUUGGAGAAGGAUGUUCGCAACGAUCUUGAUACUUUGCCUGAAAUUAUAACUGAAGGAAGCAACAGUGAAGAUGCUGCAGCAGAAUAGUAGUUUUGUUUAGUUGUGAAAUUUUGAUUUUCCUGGUUUGUUCCAUCCUUUAGAACUAUGUUUGGUUCUAGAGUGCUCUGCUUGAUUGUGUAUUGAUUGAUGUCUUAGAGAAUACGAUUUCAACUUCGCACAAAGUGUAGGCAAGUUGAUAAUGUUGAUGGUUUAAUUCUGUGAUUGAUGUCAAUUUAUUUAUUUUCUUUUUUCUUUGGGCAAAUUGUACUUGCAGUUCUUGUAAUUUAUCUCUUCUAUCAGAUUAAUUGAUAAAGUUUUAAUUGUA